CAAAAAACCACCGAAUCAAGAGCGUCGCCUUCGCCUUGUGUCUCUUCGGCACUGCUCAAUAGCAUCGGCAACUGCAAACACGAUCAUCCCCAGAGAUCUGCGAUUCGUGAUCUUUAAAAGACCUCAGUUCGCGCGUGAUAUCCCCAAGCCAAACACAGACAGAGACAGCUUCAUCCAAUCACACCCCAUAGGCCCAGCCGCGUGCCGCUUACUCCGUCCUUUCCAUCCUCCAUCUCCAAACCUCCCGAGCUUCCGGCGACCCACCAGAUCCCCCCCGUAUUUAGAGGCUGAGCGGCCGCGUUUGGGAUCCGUUUUUAGUGGCAGUUGAUUGACCUUUUGUUCGCUGCAAGCUUACGUUACAGGCAAAUUCCCCGUCUGCCCUAGGCCAUUCAGUCAGUCGAUCAAUACGAAGUAGUUGCCUGCCAACGCAGCAGGAUUCUUCUUCCCCAACCAUGGUGAGACCGCUCGAGCCUUACCACGACAACGAUGAGAGCGAGCCACUCAUGAAGGACGACCCGGAGCGAAACGAUGCCGUCACAGGCGCUGGCGCUGCGUCCAGCACUAUCGUCACUGAAAUUGACCAUCCCGAUGCGCCGCUGGAGAUCCCCGUCCAGGCCGCUACAGCCGGCCGCGGGACGACGACGCUCGAAGUCAUCGACGACAACAGCAGCAGCGACGGCAAUGCGCCCACGCCGCGCUUCAUCCAGGACGAGCGCUCGUCCAAGCGAUGGAAGAAGAUUCCCUACCCGGUCCGCCGCGUCCUGGCCGCCUUUGGCAAAUGGGCAAAAGGUCCGCCCAAUCCGCAGCCGUAUCGCAUAAAGCCUUUGUUCCCGGCCGUGCAAGAGUAUCCGCUGUAUCUCGUGGAGCGAUUCCUGCCCAAGGCAUACCGCCUCUGGGCCAUAUUCCUGUAUUUUUCCAUAUGGGUCAUUACGUUUGUGCUCGUCAAACGCCAGGAAACCAUCGCCUCUACCGUCGAGGGAUGGGGCCAGUCGCAGCCGAUUAGCUGCGGCGACACAUACUGGAGUGCGGGCAAUGGAUGCGGCUUGGACGGAAACGACUGCAGACCCUUCAAUGGCAGCGGCUUUGCCUUCCAGUGCCCGGCCUCGUGCGAGAGCUAUCACGUCCUGAAUCCCAGGGCCGUUGGCGAUCAGGAAGUGAUUUACCGGCCAAUGGUCAUCGGAGGGCCGUCCAACGACGUCAAUCCCGAGCUGGCCACCUAUCGCGGCGACUCCUACAUUUGCGCUUCGGCAAUUCACGCAGGCAUCUUCCCCAAUGGCAAGGGAGGCUGUGGCGUUGUCGAGCUUGUUGGGCAGUACCAAGAGUUCGUCAGCUCCCAGCGACACGGAAUACUGAGCGUCCCCUUCGACUCGUACUUCCCUCUGGCGUUCCGAUUCGUUCCCGACAUCAAAUGCAGAGCCAAGGACGAGAGAUGGUCCAUUCUGGCUGUUUCAACCGUCUUCACUGGCGUGCUGUCGCUUUUCACGUCCUCGCCCGCUCUCUUCUUCUUCCCCACGUUUACCGGCAUGUUCUUCGCAGUCGGCAUGUCACUAGACCAGCCGGGCCAUUCUACAGUGACGGAUCUGUUUUCCAACAUCCUGGGCAAGUUUCUUCCUGCCAUGUUUUGCGCAUGGGUCAUGUACGACAAGAUGGGCGUCCGCCGCACGCUGAAACAUCUGACUGCGCAGAUUGAAAAGACUGUCCUGUGGUUGGGCGCCUGCUGGGUGGGCGCUCUCACCAACUACACACUAGAUUUUAUCCCCAUCCAGCGUCUCAAUAAGCAUGAUCUUGAUCAACAGCCUGGAGCCAGAGCAGCUCUUGCCACCAUUGUCAUCAUCCUGUUUUUCAUUAUCCUCUCGCAAGUGUUUUACUUUAGACAAGAGGGUCGGUUUAUCCCGUAUAUUAAGCUAUACGCCCUGUUCAUCUUUAGCAUUCUCAUCUCCUUGACGCUCCCGGGGCUGCAGUUGCGCCUCCACCACUACAUUCUGGCGCUGCUGCUGUUGCCCGGCACAAGUAUGCAGACUCGGCCAGCGUUGCUCUACCAGGGCAUCCUGAUCGGGCUGUUCAUCAAUGGCAUCGCCCGCUGGGGUUUCGAUCCCGUGCUAGAAACCCCCGCAGCCCUUCAGGGAGACGCACAAAAGGGAUCUCUCCUCCCGACCAUCCCCCAGCCCGUCAUAUACAUCGGGGAAGGUCCGCACAGCCCCUCCAACAUCACAUUCACUUGGAACCAGCCGCCGAGCAAGAUCUACGACGGCAUCAGCAUUCUUGUUAAUGACGUAGAGCGCUUCCGGGGCUAUUUCGACGACAUCAUCGACCGACAAGACAGCUUUAUUUGGUCUAGAAACGGCACCCUCGGGCUGCCGGAGUACUUUAGAUUUGCAUACAUGCUAGGAAGCUCGAGCGGGGAUUAUACAAAGGCCGGCAUUUGGUCGGCUGAAGGCGAGUGGACGCAGAUGAAGGCCGGGCCGUCCCGCGUCAAGGCCAGGGAUACCCAGGAGCACAUAGUCCGACGAUGAUUUUUUCCCUUGUUUGCGUUUUGAUGGUUUAUUUAUACUACUGGAUACCUCGAGCUUGCACUGUAGUUUCAUAUAUAUAUGUCGUAGGUUGUAUAGAAGCAGUCUCUGGAUAAAUGACAUAUUACAUGAUAUGAUUUGGUUCUGCUUCUCUGAUGCUUGUCUUGUCGGGUCUUGAAUCACGA